AUGAGCCCGGGCACCAUGACGUCUCGCGAGGUCUUUUUGCUGCCUCUCAAGGACGACGGCGCCCCUGACGUUGCCGGCGAGUACGUCUACCUCGCGCCCAAGUCAACCGAACCCGUCACCGUUCGCUUCGUCAUCGAGGGCGCCUCCUCCAUCUGUCGACAUGGCAGCCUCUGGGUCAACAUCCCCGACAAGGGCCAGCAGUUCCGCCGCGAGAGCUUCCGCGAGUUUCCCUUGAAACCCGACUUUAAUUGCCCUAUUGAAAUCUCCAUUCCCAUCUACGAACCCGGCGCAUUCGCCUUCUACACCACCUACGCUGAGCUUCCCGACCUGCAACCGACCCUCGAUAACCUCGCCAAGGAGUCGCUCAAGCAAACUCCAACCUACUAUAUCGAUGUUGCUCCCCGAUUGACCCUCGACGGUCGUGCGUUGCCGCUCCCUGCGCUAUCCGUCUUCUCCAUCAUUAGCAAGUUCAUGGGGCGCUACCCCCAGGACUGGGACGCCCAUUUAAGUGGCAUCAGCGGGAGGGGAUACAACAUGGUUCACUUCACGCCGCUGCAGGUUCGUGGGGAAUCCAACUCGCCCUACAGUCUCUUUGACCAGCUCGGCUGGGACCCCGCUUGUUUCCCCAAUGGCGAACAAGACGUGAAGCGCAUGAUUGAUAGCUUGGAAAAGAAGCACUCGCUGCUUAGCUUGACCGACAUUGUCCUGAACCACACCGCUAGCAACACACAAUGGCUGCAGGAACACCCCGAUGCUGGCUACAAUCUUUCUACCGCGCCUUGGCUCCAGUCCGCUUUCGAGCUCGAUACCAAGCUUCUCGAGCUAGGCGACAACCUCCAAGAACUCGGGUUACCAGUUGACCCCAAAUCGACAGACGAUCUUUUAAAAAUCAUGGAAGUGGUAAAGAACAAGGUUCUCGCAGACUUGCGCCUUUGGGAAUACUAUGUGCUCGCGGUGGAUUCCGACACCGACGCCAUUGUGCAAGCCUGGGUCGAUGGCAAGACCUUUGCGCACCCUAACGAGACGAACGAGUCAUUCUCUCUCCAAGGGCUGGAAGAGGGGAAGCUUUCUGAUCAGGUUGCAUUCAUUAGAGCUCUUGGUCUCAAGGGUCUUGAUCGCUUAGGCGAGAGAUUCCGGCGAACUGUCGACCCUGCAGUGGGCGCGACCGUCUUGUCAUUUGCUCUUGGAAAGUAUCAAGCGGACGGACACUCGGCAACCAAAGGCGCUGCAAGGACAAAGAUGACCAAAAUUCUGGAUGCCCUGAAUGUUCCAUUUUACGAAGAGUAUGAUGCCGACAUCGAGGAAGCGUUGGAACAGCUGUUCAACAGGAUCAAAUACGUGCGCUUGGAUGACCAUGGUCCCAAGCUUGGCCCAAUCAAUAAGAAAAAUCCCUUGAUUGAGACUUACUUUACGCGUCUUCCUAAAACAGAUGUCACGUCGAGGCUCAAGCGCGAAGAAAUGGCGCUCGUCAACAAUGGCUGGGUUUGGGGCGGCAACGCGCUGGUCGACAACGCUGGCCCCCAGUCAAAGGUAUACCUGCGCCGCGAGGUCAUCAUUUGGGGAGACUGCGUGAAGCUUCGGUAUGGCUCCAAACCUGAAGACAGUCCAUGGCUGUGGGAGCAUAUGACCAAAUAUGCUCGUUUACUCGCCAAGUAUUUCGUCGGCUUGCGCAUCGACAACUGCCAUUCAACCCCAAUUCACGUUGCAGAGCACAUACUCGACGAGGCCAGACGAGUCAGGCCAGACUUGUAUGUUGUUGCGGAGCUGUUUUCAGGCUCAGAAGAAACAGAUUACAUUUUUGUCAAGCGUCUCGGCCUCAGCUCGCUUAUUCGUGAAGCUAUGCAAGCUUGGAGUACCGCCGAGCUGAGUCGACUGGUGCACAGACAUGGCGGCCGGCCUAUUGGCAGCUUUGAGGUCGAUGAGGUUUCUACCACCGAUACUGCUAGCAGCAAGGGCAACCUAUCGAGAGAAAUUAUCAAGCAAAUUCGACCCACGCCAGUCCACGCCCUCUUCAUGGACUGCACCCACGACAACGAGACCCCGACGCAAAAACGAGAUGCUCGCGAUACUCUUGCCAAUGCCGCGCUCGUAAGCAUGUGCUCGAGCGCCACUGGCAGUGUCAUGGGCUAUGAUGAAAUCUACCCAAAGCUGAUCGACCUCGUCAACGAGACCCGACUGUACACGUCAGAGUCUUCGCGCUCCCCACCGGAGAGCACGACCGGUAGCAAUGGCAUUGGCGGCGUCAAGAAACUUCUCAAUCAAAUCCACACUCUCAUGGGCAAGGAUUCGUACGAUGAAACCCAUAUCCAUCAUGAAGACCAGUACAUUACUGUGCACAGAGUUCACCCCGAGUCAAGAAAGGGCUACUUCCUCGUCGCUCAUACCGCUUUCCCCGGAUAUGGCAAUGGCCGAGGAUCCAUUGCCCCCGUUGAACUCAAGGGAACCAGGGUGCAGCACCUGGGCAGCUGGAUGCUCGAGGUUGAUGCAAGCGAAGAGGCCACGUCUAAAGUUGUGAGCGACGGCAAGUAUCUCCGUGGUCUGCCAAGCAAGGUGGUUGGCAUCACUGGGGUUAAUGUUGAGCAGAGGGGCGAUGAUUCGAUAAUCACAGUUCGGCAGAAAUUCCCACCCGGAAGUAUCGCUCUGUUUGAAACGUGGAUCCCAGCCGCCGAGCAUUCUGCAGGUCUUGAUACGUACGUCACGUCCGGCAGUAAAGAGGCUUGGAAAGACCUUAAUCUCAUUGAUCUCAACUUCUUAAUGUACCGCUGCGAGGCGGAGGAGAGAGACGCCAGCGACGGUGCAGACGGCGUAUACGAUAUUCCUCGCCAUGGAAAGCUUGUCUACGCCGGUCUUCAGGGCUGGUGGAGCAUCUUGAAAGGCAUUAUCUCCAACAAUGAUUUGGCACACCCACUUUGCGAAAAUCUUCGGGAUGGGGCCUGGGCUCUGGACUUUCUGCAAGGAAGAAUCGAGCGGCAAAGCAAGAUUGCAGGCCAGGAGCGUCUCGCUGCACCGGCACAAUGGCUCAAGGACAGAUUCGAUGCGAUCAAGGCAAUUCCCAGUUUUCUGCUGCCUCGUUAUUUUGCCUUGGUCAUGAGAACGGCUUACAACGCUAGCUGGAACAGAUCACUGGAACUUAUGUCGUCCAGUAUCCAGAAGAGCCAAUGGUUCCUUCAGAGCCUAGCCAUGGUGAGUGUCCAGCAAACUGGAUUGGUCAAGUCUGCCUCUCUCUGGCCCGAAAAAAAGGUACCAUCGAUUGCUGCUGGUCUACCGCAUUUUGCAGUAGAGUGGGCAAGAUGUUGGGGACGUGAUGUGUUCAUCUCUAUUCGUGGUCUCUACCUUGGAACUGAACGCUUCGACGAAGCCAAGGAGCACAUUCUUGCUUUUGCCAGUGUCUUGAAGCAUGGUAUGAUUCCCAAUCUGCUGAGCAGCGGAGACGCACCUCGAUACAAUUCGAGAGACUCCAUUUGGUUCUUCCUGCAGACAAUCCAAGAUUAUGUGAACCUGGCACCCGAGGGGUUGAACUUGCUCAAGGUCAAGGUACCGCGACGCUUCUUACCCUAUGAUGACACUUGGUUCCCUACCAGUGACCCCCGUGCCUAUUCCAAGGAGAGCACAAUCGAGGAGGUUAUCCAGGAGGCUCUUCAAAGACAUGCCACUGGUAUGAAGUACCGUGAAGCCAAUGCCGGGCCACAGAUUGACUCGCAAAUGAAAAGUGAGGGUUUCAAUCAGAGCAUCCAUGUAGACUGGACAACUGGCAUCAUAUUCGGUGGUAACCAAUCCAACUGUGGCACAUGGAUGGACAAGAUGGGAGAGAGUGAGCGCGCCGGCUCAACAGGAGUUCCUGGAACGCCUCGCGACGGCGCCGCCAUCGAAAUCACCGGGUUGCUAUACAGUACUGUCAAGUGGCUUGCUGACUUGCACAAAAACGGCAAAUUUGCCCAUGAAGGUGUGAAAAGGUCCGAGGCCGGCUCCGUAUCUUAUGCGAAGUGGGCGGAGUUGCUCAAGGAAAACUUCGAGCGCUGCUACUACGUCCCUCUCACAGCAAGCGACGACAGCAAGUACGAUGUCAACCCCAAGGUUGUCAAUCGGCGUGGUAUGUAUAAGGAUCUGUACAAAUCUGGCAAGGAGUACGAAGACUACCAGCUGCGCGCCAACUUCCCCAUCGCCAUGACGGUUGCAUCGGACUUGUUUGACAAGGAGCACGCCAUGGAGGCGCUGUGUCUGGCAGACCGAGUGCUUCGCGGGCCGACGGGCAUGGCAACGCUAGACCCGAGCGACAUGAACUACCGGCCGUACUAUAGAAACAGCGAAGACAGCGAUGACUUUGCGACGAGCAAGGGACGCAACUACCACCAAGGGCCGGAGUGGCUGUGGCCGACGGGCUUCUUCUUGCGUGCGCUGCUCAAGUUUGACCUGGCGCGGCGGACGACGGCUGAGGGCCGGACCGAGGCGUUUCAGCAGGUGACGAGGCGGCUGGCCGAAUGCAAGAAGAUGAUUCGGGAGUCGCCGUGGGCUGGCCUAACGGAGCUCACGCAGAAGAAUGGCGAGUACUGUGCUGACUCGAGUCCAACGCAAGCCUGGUCAGCCGGCUGCUUGAUCGAUUUGUAUAUGGAUGCGCUAGAGGUUGGGCAGCAAUAG